AUGACCAACCUGAACAAGCCCAGUACCAUUGAGCGGACCAUCGCCAUCACCGAGAUCCACCAGGUCCUCCAUAGAUAUUGCAUUUUGGCGCGAGAAAAUGCGCCGUUCCACGAGAUGAAGGACCUCUUUCUGCCUGAUGGCAUUUUCCGGCUGCCCAAUGGCACCGCCGUAGCACCGCAGGACAUGGGGAACGUGGUGCAGGGUAAACCGCCACAAAUGAUCCGUCACCAUAUCACCAGCAUUGAUGUCCAAUUCGUGGGCCCCAGGAACGCCAGCACGAAGUCGCUGUUUCUGGCGAUGACACACCGGUCGAGAAUCGACCAUUGGGGAUACUGGCAGGAUGACUUUCAACUCGACGAGCAAGGGAACUGGUUGAUUGCGGAGAGGAUGAUCGUGGUUGAGGGACAAGACCCUGCGGGAUGGUACGCGGAUACCUACUGUGCUUGA